AUGAAGCGAACCUUGAAGAGCCCCAAGUCCCGUGGCGGCUGUCAGAGGUGCAAGUCGAAACAUGUCAAGUGCGACGAGGCCAAACCAGCAUGUAGAAUGUGCACGGCGAAUGGUGUCGAGUGUCCUGGCUAUGUCAAGCAGAUCAGGUGGUCGAACAAGCACGAGGUCUACGACCAACCGCGGAAACGGCCGCAGACAGAGAGCAACUCGGUAGCACAGUCGGCCUCAUCGUCAAGCAGCAAUUCGCAGUUCGGUGUCGGCGCAAUGUACCAGACACCACCCGAGGCGGAUGCUCGGACCAUCAGCACGGCCGCGCAGGCUUCCGCCAUGCCCAUCCCGAGUGGAGCGUCCAACGAGAUGGGGGAUGUCCCAGAGUGGCCAGAUAUCGAUCUGUCAGGCUACGAAGACUUCGGAUUCACAGCGCCUCUAAUGGAGCCAUCUUUCGACUUGGCAGCAGAAGGUGGUCUGACAUAUCCUUUCUCAUUCCCACUUGAGGACCUCAUGCCCAAUCUGGCAACUUGUCCCGACGACUCUCCUGGCCAAGCAAGUCAGACAUUGUCCGUACUACCAGCACGGAUAGCAGAGAACGAGGACACGAAGCGGAAGUUGAAGGAACAGUCAAGUCGUGCUUCUGGCUCCACGGGACUUCUCCAAACUUUUUAUCGCUUGUCGCAACCGAGCAAGGUACCAGGCUUUUCCGACCAUGACUUGGUCAACUAUUACUUCAACAAUAUUUGCACCGUGUAUUCUUGCUUCGACUCCGAUCUGAACACAUUCCGGACGUUGACGGCUGACUUGUACCCGAAGAGUCAGACGGUCCAUCUGGCGGUGCAAUUCAUGUCACUGGCCCAUCUGGCGAAUUGGUAUCCAUACCUCAAUGCGCUCGGACUCGGCAAACGCUCUGAGGCAUGGACAUCUCUACAGCGAGAUCUUCAGGCCUUGCAGAAGCGAAGUAAAGAAGUAGACGUGGACGCAGUAAUGCUCAGUCUGUUGCUGCUUGGACCUACUGCUGCAUGGCAUCAAGCGAGCAGUCUUGGCCUACAGUACCUGCUAGUUGCUCGAAAUCUGCUACAAGGACAACUACAGAGGAACGACUUGGUAGCAUCGCCGCACAAGGACUUCUUUCUCAGCGCGAUGAUGUACUGGGAAAUGCUGACGAGCUUCGUCGAUCCAGUACCUCUUGCACCAUUGUCAGGACUCAAAGCGCCAGAUCUUACCCUGCCAACACGAGACAAGCCAAUGACACCUCACCCUUGGUCGGCUGUCAUGGAUGAUGUCUGCUUCCUCCUCGCUGAGAUUGGCCGUGUGCUCCGCAGGCAGCGCGGACCACAACAAAGUGGUCUCCCCAUUCAGAGAAGAGGCCACGAACGCCCGAGCGUGAUCGAUGAUGCUUGGACGAAGACAUUGGAAGGUCUCCUCUUAGAGCUUCAACUUCCCUCGCCGGAUGACAUCGUCGACUACGACGACCCAAGAACACCUCGCAUUGACCUCUCAAAAAUGGCUGAUGCGUACAGAUAUGUAGGCUUACUGGAGAUCUAUGGCGCUUUCCCAGCGCUGCUUAGAGAGACCUUGGGCUUAGGCACCAUCCCAGCCGCGCUUUCAAUCAUCACACCCUCUCGAGAAAAAUACCCUGAUGAAGUCCACGCCUGGCUCGCAGCGAUCGCGAUCCAUAUUCUCGACCUCGUCAAGACUGUGGCGAUUACAUCUGCGGCUUGCCGGCUCCUUCCCAUGAUCCUGAUGUGCGCCGCGAGUCAACUGCGUCUACCUCCUGUCGUCGCCGCGGGUGGCUCGUCUCCUGGCCAUAACGAAGUCAUCGACGCGAGAUAUGUGGUGGAGGCGCGAAUGCUCGUUCUUAGCAGGAAGUAUGCACAAAAGCCUGUGCUGCAGAUGGUCGACAUCGUGAAAGAGACGUGGGAGAGGCUAGAUUCAGCUGGUGGAGGGGGCGAAAGAGCACACUGGAUGGAUGUCAGUCAAGAGAAGAGCUGGCAGACGAUUUUCGGGUGA